UCUGAGCGUCACGUGAUCGUGGGGAACCUUCGUCCCUCUCCUGUGACGCGCGUGACAGCCGUUGGCUCCUCGCGCCCACGGGAGCGUGUCUGCGUGAUGCAUAUCUGCGGCGCGAGCGGCGGGACGGGCGGACACUCCCUCCCCCCGCGCAGACUAACACCCCCGCCGCCCCGCGCCUCUGACUCUGCCUCCGCCAUGAACGGCUACGGCUCUCCGUACCUCUACAUGGGGGCCCCCGUGUCGCAGCCGCGCGCCCCGCUGCAGCGGACCCCCAAGUGCGCGCGCUGCCGGAACCACGGCGUGCUGUCGUGGCUGAAGGGCCACAAGCGGUACUGCCGCUUCAAAGACUGCACGUGCGAGAAGUGCAUCCUGAUCAUCGAGCGGCAGCGCGUCAUGGCGGCGCAGGUGGCGCUGCGGCGCCAGCAGGCCAACGAGAGCCUGGAGAGCCUCAUCCCCGAGGCCCUGCGGGGCCUGCCCGCCAUCGGCCUGAGCGCCGCCGCGGAGGACGGCCCCGCGCCGCCGAGGACCGAGGAGCUCCGGUGGAGCGGCGCGGAGCCGCGCGCGGGAGCGCACGCGCGCGCAGACGCGGCGGAGGACGUCCCGGAGGAGCUGUCCGGGGGGGACACCGGGGGCAGCUCGUGCAGUGAGAAGGAGCAGGACCCGUCCAGCUCCCCCGAGGGCUCCAAACCGAACUCCUGCUACACCCCGGAGCCCCCAGACCCCCCCUCGGUCCCGGAGGACGGCCCCCCCAGGCCCGGAGAGAAGGAGGCCAAGGCCGACAGCCCGCAGAAGGCGCCCCCCAGCCCGGAGCCGAGCGUGCUGAUCGAGGGCCUGGGGGGCUCCAUCAGCCUGCCCUUCAGCCUGCGCGCCAACCGGCCCCCCCUGGAGGUCCUGAAGAAGAUCUUUCCCGCGCACAAGCCGCCGGUGCUGGAGCUCAUCCUGCGCGGCUGCGGGGGGGACGUGGUGGGGGCCAUCGAGGUGCUGCUGUCCAGCCGGGGCGCCGACGGGGGCGCGCACCCGCACGCAGACACGCACGCGGACGCGCUGGUGCUGCCCUCCAACGGACACCUGUUCGAGCACGCGCUGGGCUCGUACCACCCCUCCCCCGCCAAGUGGUCGGUGGGUUCCGCCUUCCGGGUCCCGGACUCGCUCCGCUUCACGUCCGAGUCGGGCUCGGGCGCGCUCCCGCUGCAGCCCUCCUCGUUCCCGCAGCCCGCGCGCUACCCGCUGAUGCUGCGCAGCUCGCUCACGCGCGGCCAGAGCCCGUUCGUGCACAGCGACGUGGCCCUGUGGGGCCCGGUGGCCCUGCAGCAGCAGUACCAGCUGCGCCCCGCCGCGCACUACGGCGCGCCGUUCGGGCCCGCGGCGCCGGUGUUCCGCGGCUCCCCGCUGCUCCCGGCCCGAGCGGCGGAGGAGGCGCGCGUCGGCGGCCCGGAGGAGGGCUGCUCCCUCCCCAAGGCCGGCCUGUUCUCCCCGGAGGAGGAGUACGAGGAGCGCGCCGACUCCGCGUGACUCCGCGGACCGAGCGCGGUUCCGGUUCGGAUCGCCUGCAUGUUCAUGUGCCAAAUAAAGCCGAGUGUUUGUCCGAGCGCGCGCGCCUCUGUCUUCACUGCGCAUCCGCACCAGACCGGAAGGAGCCGGAAAACUGCAGGUUUGAAAUGUGGAGGAAGUUUAUUUAAGUCGGAAUUAAAACACGAUUCUGUCAUGACGUCAUCUGUUUGUGUUAAAAUAACUGAGUGACAAAAACAAAAUCAUUUGAUUUAAAAAGAGCAAAAGAUUAAAACAGAAAAAAUUAUGAUCAUUAUAAUGAAUUUAAUCUUUUUUAUAUUUUAAUUGAAUAAUCUGAUGUUAAAUUGUAUAAAAUUAGGUUAGAAAUCUAAUCUUAAAUCGGAGUUUUUAUCUAAUUUUUGUAAAAAACAUAGUUUUUACAUUUUCAGUUCUGUUCAUUUAUGUUUUAUAUUUAAAUAUCGUUAUUCUUUGUUGAUCUAAGUUUGUUUUUUGUUUGUUUACAUUAGCUGUAAAUAAAUAAACUGAACGGGAAAUGUGGAUUUAGCAGCAUAAAUAUUAAGGUCUUGAAAAGAACAAACAAAAGCAAAAUGACUCUUAGAAUUGUACACAUUUAUAUUUGAUAAAAUAUCCCAGAAACUGAGUGAUGGAUGAAAAACACAAACAAACAAACAAACAAACAAACAAACAAACAAACAAACA